AUGAAAGGCCUAGAGGUCGCCAUAGACGGUUCUGGAACCGUGGCGCCAGUCCAUCUUCUUGCUCGACGUGAAGGCCCCUUGGAUAGCUGGCGAGGUGGACCGCGGGGCAUGAAUCAACCAGCCUUCCACACGCCCCUCGAGUCGCUGCUAUUAUUCCAGUCGUUGGUAGCCCAAGGAUUCGACAAUGGGGUCUUCGCGCGUAUCUCUGAGCAACUCAUCAACAACGCGCUAAUCAAGGAGGGAUCUACUUAUGAUCCCGCACGAUUAAAACCUGAUGCGCUUCAACAUCUGUUUCUGCAACUCUUGGGGGAUGAACUGAGGGGUGAGCAUGAGAAGGCUGCGACCGACGAUCCGACAACAUCACCCAACUCGCGAAAACGAAAGCUCGGGAGCCCACCUUUGCCAACACUUAAGGAGAUUUACGAACAUGUUGACAAAAUCCCUCUGCUUAUGGAUCGCCUAUAUGCGCGAUAUAAGGAUAAUACCGUCGCGCAAAUUCGAGAGGAUGAGCGGAGCUUUGAGACGUCCCAGAAGGAAAUUCAAGCAAUGGAGCGAUUUGAACGAGAACGACGCGCUAGAGUCGCGAGCCAGAAUGGGACACCCGUACUUGCUGCUCGUGAUCAGAAGUCUUCCGUUGCGCCUAAUGGGUCAACAUCCUCACCUGCUAUGGCAACAAGCUCGGCGGCACCCGUUCGAAGAGGUCCAACACAACAGACGCCUGUGAUCCCACCCAAACCGCUUGUCCCUCACAACACACAACCAACAGUUGCACCGCCUAGCCACAUGCCCACUGCAACGGCAUCGAUCCGACCUUCAACCUCACCAACUACGCCGAAUUCUAGCGGAUCGGUGCUUCAGCCUCCAGCAGGUGUCCCUCAGACAACACCACGACCAUUACAGGCGCCACAACCUCUUAAGCAGAGUCCUACUCCUAGACCAGAGAACGGGGCCAAGCUGAAGGAUGGCAAUGCGGCUCCAGGAGCUGCUCUGAAGUGGGAGAAACCUUAUCAACCACCACAGACAGCUACACCCCCUCCUCGACAGGUUCAAUCACCCGUUGCCCAAGGACCAACAGCUCUCCCGCCAGCGCAGCAACAACAGCAUCUACAACAACAUCCCCAACAACAACACCCACAGCAGGUACCAUCACAACAGCAUUGGUACCCUCAACAAACUGCCCAAUUCUCUCCCAAACCUGGUGCUCAACCAUUAUCUCAUCCUCAAACGCCCCAGCAGGCUCGGCCACAUCCUGUUGCUCCACAACCUCCCCAGACACAGUCUCAAGCUCAAACUCAUCAUCAACAACGCCCUCACCCUCCCCAGGUUAUUCAGCCACCACCACCAACGCCGCCAGCUCCCCACACUCCUCGGGCUCAGCACGCUACGCCGACACAACAUACUCAACAAAUCCAAAGAAUCCAAACGCCUACACACGCACAGCAUGCUCAGGCUCAACAAUCUUCGCAAACUCAACCUGUCACCCAUGCUCAGCCUCAGUCUUUGCCACAACAGCAUCAGCAGAAGCCACGGCCAAAUUCCGCAAAACCAGGCCUGGCACCACCUCAGCAUGCUGGUCAGCUAGCCCCUCCCUUACAGCCGGCACCUCCACGGCCAGUUGCAGAGUCGCCCGGAGGCCAAGCACCCCAUGCCCGUCCGUCUUCCACGACGCCCGUGCCACAUCCUCGCCCUAUCCAGCCCCCCCAAGGGCAGACUCAGCAGGUCCGACAGAUUGCCGCAGGCUCCCCAGCUCCUCUUACAGCAAGUGCAAGCUCCAUUGCCCCUCCUCAGCAACGCUGGCCGCUUGGAUAUCAACCUCAACCUCCUCAGCAUGGCUCACCCGUCAGCUCUCCUGUGCCAUCGGCAUCUAAAGCUGAUAAGGCUCAAUCAUCGCAGUAUGCUAAUCAACCUCCACGACCUGGCGUUUUGGGCCACAUCAUUCGCCAGGCUCUAAAUACCCCGGUCAAGAAGCUUGGGGUGCCAUCGGCACCGCACACGCCCAUCUCAGCAACACCCACUCACGUUACUCACGGGUUUGGAACAAAAUGGGCUCCACAUUCCACUCCGUCUACUCCCGGUCCUAGUCAUAUGAGCGUGGCACCUCAAAGUCCAGCCUUUGAGCCAGUCAGUCCUCCUCAAAAGCCCGCAACGUUACCGAGCUCUGCUGGGUCAACACCAAGGCCUUUAAGAAAGCAAGCACCCAAAGCAGCUUCGAAACUCGAACAGACCGUCUCUAAGUCUGCGCGCGGCCGGUCUGCCAGAGCCGGGCAGAAGGCUCGUGCAGUUAGUUCCACACCUUCUCUCACUCGAUCCAGGCGAAGCCAGUCUAUCCUCUCUCACACUGAUGAGCCUGCGACUCAAACAAGUGAAUCAGCACCCAAGAUUAAGGAUGAAGAUGCUACACCUCGGCCCACCGAAGACACAGGCGAUACUACCGCUGAUGAGAGCGUCCCUGGUCGGCCUCAGAUCAUGACUCCUGGUAGUGUCUCUUCGCGCCUCCAUAAAAGAAAAAGACAAGUUACACCGGUUAACCCGCCACCCGAGACGACUCAAGUCCUUUGGACGCGAGGUUUCACUAAAGUUUCGUCAUCUGCUCUGGAUCAGAUUUCUAGCCACCGCGAUGCGAACAUGUUUGCCACCAGGCUUCGUGAGAAGGACGCGCCAAAUUAUCGCCAGAUUGUGCUGCAGCCUCAAGAUAUAACAUCCAUCCGAUCUGCUAUCAAGCAUGGGAAUAAGGCGGCUGUCCAGGCUGCAGCCAGUCUUCCCGGCGGUGAUCCUGGUACUGCGCACGUGUGGCUACCUAUAUCUGACGAGCUUGUUCCUCCAAAAGGCAUUAUCAACAGCGCCCAGCUUGAGCGCGAACUUGUCCACAUGUUCUGCAACGCCAUCAUGUACAAUGCUGACCCCGAUCGCGGUCCUGGGCCUGGUUUUAUGAAACGCUCUCAGGACGAGGAGGAGGAAGAAGAAGUAGUGGGCUACCGCCUCGACGAGAAUGGCGUUGUAAAAAAUACCCGCAGCAUGUUUGUUGAGGUUGAGAAGCUCUUAGGUGAUCUACGAAGUGCAGAAAAGGAGCGUAGCGCGCCUCCGCCUUCGGCUGUUCGUCCAGCUAGCGUCGCUACCCCCGCUGAGGAAACGGGCGACGACGAAGAUGAGGGUGAACGUGAGACUGGAACAGCCAAAAGGCGUCGCAUUGGAGCCCGGGGCUGAUCGUCUUGAUCUGCACCAAUUUGAAAGAUCACUAUGUCUUCCUUUUGAAUGUCGGCUUCAUAAACUUCAAAGGGAAGCAGCAUGUAAUUUUUAUUAUUAUUAUUAUUGUGUACAGCGUCUAGAAUAGCUAGCCCCUUGAUAAUCACCAACCGAUCCAGACUCAUGUCACUUUGACUGAGGCCUCUUUCAUG